GAGAGAGAGAGAGAGAGAGAGAGAGAGAGAGAGUGGGUGUGAAGGUCGGUUCCAACUUGUGGAAAAUGAAGUUAAAAUUGCCACCUCUCAUUCCCUUUCUCUUCUUAAACUAAGCUAAGCUAAGCUACCAAAAGGAAUAAGAAAGGAAGAAACACAGUACAAAGAAGAUAACAAAAAUUCAUAACUGAAGAGGUUGUUGAAGCGAAGAGAUAUUGUUAGUGUUAUUUAUGGUGUCCCUCAACCCAAACCCACCUCAACCCUUUCACUUCUUCGACCCCAUCAUCAACAUGGAGGAUCCCAAUAAGAAGAUCCGAAAACCUUAUACAAUAACCAAGUCCAGAGAAAACUGGACAGACCAAGAACAUGACAAGUUUCUUGAAGCUCUUCACUUAUUCGAUCGUGACUGGAAGAAGAUUGAAGCAUUUGUUGGUUCAAAAACUGUUAUCCAGAUAAGAAGUCAUGCGCAGAAGAAGUAUUUCCUGAAAGUUCAGAAGAAUGGCACAAGUGAGCAUGUACCUCCCCCUCGUCCAAAGAGAAAAGCUGCUCACCCAUACCCACAAAAAGCUUCUAAAAAUGCUCCUACUAUAUCCCAAGUAACUGGGCCAUUACAAUCUUCAUCUGCUUUAUCUGAAUCAUCAUACAUUUAUAGGCCAGAUUCAUCAUCUGUGCUUAGAACUCCAGUUAGCAGUGUGUCUUUGCCAUCGUGGGGCUACAAUGUUACGCCACCAGUCAAUCUUCCACAAGUGACUAAAGAUGAUAUGGUGUUGAAUCAACAAACUAUUCCUCUCAAUUAUUGCUGUAGCAGUAGUAAUGAGAGUACUCCUAGGACUCGGCCAAGUAGCAAACAGACAAACCAGGGUGACCAAGGCAAGCUGAUUAAAGUAAUGCCAGAUUUUGCACAAGUCUACAGCUUCAUUGGCAGUGUAUUUGAUCCAAAUGCAACUAAUCAUCUACAAACGCUUAAACAAAUGGACCCAAUAAAUGUGGAAACUGUAUUGCUCCUGAUGAGAAACCUCUCCACCAAUUUAACGAGUCCUGAAUUUGAGAAUGAUAGAAAGUUGCUGUCUUCAUACAACGCUAACUCGGAGAAGGCAAAUUCUGGUAGUCAUUGCAGCCAACCCCUCACUGACAUAUCAGAGAGUGCUAUCUUAUCUGCUUAAGUUGUUAGAAGUGGUUUUCCUAGACUAGCUAAGAUUUUAGAUAUUUUUGAAGAACGCAAUAAGCUUCCCUCUCGGCUGCAAUAAGUGUUACAUAAUGAACGCACAAGAGGAGCGCGGACAACAGGUUUUACCAACAGUUGUAGGGUGCAGAUACUUGCAUGUGCAUGUGAGUGUAAUUUACUAUCCUUCAGUAGUGUUAGGUUUUGUAGUAGGUAUCUUAUGAAGAUGGUUGUCCUAGGAAUGCAGGAUAAUGAGAAUCCUGUUGAGGUAACCUUCAGAGGCUAUACUGUACAGUCUGUUGAGUGCUUGUGUGUAAUGCUGCGAAGCUUCCUUCUACAAUUUAGUAUUUAUACGAGUGAUGCUAUGAAAUAGGAAGUGCUGCCUGUGUUGUAUAUAAACCAAUAAACAGCAGAGGUAAAUUUUACUUAUUUUAUGCAUUCACAUGCACAAUAGUAUUUUUUUUACCAGAAAGAAAAGUAUAUUCAAGUAUGUGUAAAAUUU